AUGACCUUUUCAACCACUUCUCAUGGCAGCUCUGCGCAGGCGCAUCUGCCUAAUAAGGUUCAUCUAGGAGAAGAAGCAACAGAAUCCAGAGAGAUGGGAGUCGCCAUACCACAGAAAGACGAUACACUGAAAGCGAAACCUCUCGCACAUUUUAUUGCAGGAGGAGUCGGUGGAAUGACAGCCGCUACAUUGACGAGUCCCCUCGACGUCCUCAAAACCAGAUUACAAUCUGACUUUUAUCAAAGUCAACUACAAGCGUUACGCGCUUCACAUCCUGUUCGCCCAGCUCCGCUUUUUAUUUCCCUCCCUCGCAGCGCACUUGUACAUUUUAAAGAAACGUUUCAAAUCCUCCACUCUAUAUAUUCUCAUGAAGGUCCUCGAGCUCUGUUCAAAGGCCUAGGACCAAACCUUGUCGGUGUCGUCCCAGCACGUGCUAUCAAUUUCUAUGUUUACGGAAACGGCAAACGCAUUCUCAGCAAUUAUUUUGGCUAUCACGAUUCAAUGACUACUCCAUGGAAUAUUCAUCUGGGAGCUGCUGCUAUCGCUGGAAUAGCUACAGGAACGGCAACAAACCCGAUCUGGCUCAUUAAGACUCGUUUACAAUUGGACAAGUCGAACGCUGAAAGCGGCAAGGGUGGCAGGCAGUAUAAGAAUAGUUGGGAUUGUAUCAAACAGACAGUCAGACAUGAAGGAAUUCGCGGUUUAUACAAGGGUCUGUCUGCGUCAUAUCUCGGUGUGGCCGAGAGUGCGACGCAAUGGGUUCUGUAUGAGCAAAUGAAGUUAUACCUGGCUAGACGUGAGGCUGCAAAGCUCGCCGACCCCAAACAUGUCCAUACAACCUGGGAUGACGUUGAACUCUGGGGUGGUCGUAUCGCAGCUGCGGGCGCAGCAAAACUAUUUGCCGCAGUUGCUACAUAUCCUCAUGAAGUUGUGCGGACACGAUUGCGACAAGCUCCUGUUGUUCCGGUGGCAGGUGGGAAAGUGCAGGUCAAAUAUACUGGCCUAAUCCAAUGUUUCAAGGUUGUCGCCAAGGAGGAGGGUCUCGCGGGUCUAUAUGGUGGCUUGACACCGCACUUGUUGCGUGUGGUGCCGUCGGCAGCCAUCAUGUUUGGAAUGUACGAGGUCAUUCUACGUCUUUUCGGAACUACUUCUUAAGAGUCAAUUCUACGACAUUUGGCUUGAUUCGCAGUACUUCUUCAGCUUGUAUUAUAUUAAUCUAUAUUUCCUUCUCCCUCUCCUUAGCAGGGAUGGGGUCUCCUAUUGGUUGACCUGGGUCUACACUUUAGAGUUUCCAGUUUCUACCAGAGAUUUCGCAAUUUUGCAUUACUGCUGGCGCUAUACGGGACUGCUCAAUUCAUCUCCACUAGAGGAAUAAUGCAUUGGGGCGGCUGUCCGUGUUUGUAAGAUAUGGUGUUGGUGUUUUUCCCUUCGGAUAUUCCGCUUACAGAGGGAUGACUUGGUCCGGGUGAAUGUAUGUAUUUAUGAAACUCAGCUACAGCUAAAUACAUUUUUAUAGAAUCUU